CGUCGCCCAUCGCGACCGCAAUGCAAUGCUUCAACAGGCCUUUACAAGUACUAAAAGCGAGCUAUAGCAGGUUUCUUGUAGGCGUAUUGACGAAUACAGUACUACAUGUAAGUAGUACAGCAUCGCUGGUAUCCACACAGAAAUCUUCAGCAGGAAGCCCGACAUUUCCCGAUGCCGCAGCGCAAGAUCUGCCACCAGAGCGGCUGCAAUCCUACCGAGAUUCCUCGCUGAUUUGCAAGCUGCAAUCAAUUUUGGCUACACCAGCAUUGCUAUUGUUCAUCAGCAGUAAGGUCGUCUCUCCACCAACGCGACCGCAAGUCCACAACCACGCUAGCACAUUCGCGCUUCCACCCUCCCUCAACCUCCCUCAACAAUUCCUACAAGCACUUCACCAAUAUUGUCUACUUUUCUUGUCAAUGCCAAAAAUCAGGUUUUAACCUGGGCGCCGCUUCGUGAUUGGCUCGUCCGGCGGUUAUGCACGAGGAAAGACCAGACGGAGAGGAGGGAGAGACUGGAGAGUCAGCGAGCGACUCCACGAUCACCGUCAGUGCGCCCGCGUCGCCCCCCAGUACGCGAAACAGCCCAAGACAAUCAUGGCGGAGGACUCAGGAAUGCUAGACAAUGGCGCCAUGGUCUGGGUGCCCCACGACGAGCAGGUAUGGAAAAAAGCCGUGGUCGUGCGUCGCCUGGACGACGGCGUCUCGGCCGAGGUGCGUCUGCAGCCCAGCGACGACGGCGAAUGGGACAAGGACGACGGCCUCGAGCAGGUCGUCAACAUCCGCGACAUCGCGCGUCUUGCCGGUGAAGUCUCGGACGAGGCCAUGCCGAUCUGCAACGUGUUCGAGGCCGACGGAGCCAACGACAUGUGCACGCUCAACCAUCUUCACGAACCGGCAGUGCUGAAGAACCUGGAGCUUCGGUUCGCCAAGAAAAUGCCUUACACAUACACUGGCGCCAUCUGUAUCGCCGUGAACCCAUACCAAUGGCUCGAUCUGUACGGCAAGGAGCUGUAUCUGCAAUAUCUGGAGCAGCCUCGUGACUCGCUUCCUCCUCACCCGUUUGCACUGUCCGCUACGGCCUAUAUGGACAUGAAGAGGACGCAAGUGGACCAGAGUAUUCUGGUCAGCGGAGAGUCUGGAGCUGGUAAGACGGAGACGGUCAAGAUCAUGAUGAACCACUUGGCCUCCAUCUCUGGCGGUGGCAAUCACGGUACGAAGGUCAUCGACCAAGUGCUCAAGUCCAACCCCCUACUUGAGUCAUUCGGUAACGCCAAGACCAAGAGAAAUGACAAUUCCAGUAGGUUCGGCAAGUUCGCUCAGCUCCAAUUCGACAACAUGGGUUCACUCGUGGGUUGUCUGUGUGAGACUUAUCUGCUGGAGAAGAGUCGAGUGGUCGGACAGACGGAGGGAGAGCGCAACUACCACAUCUUCCACCAGAUCUUCUGUCUGUCAGAAGAGCGUAAAACGGAGCUAAAACUCACUGGAGAUGCCACUAAUUACAAGUACGUGGCGGAGGGUGCUGAGGCUGAAUUGACCGGCAUCGACGACAUCCAGUGUCUGAAAGAGACGCAGGACGCUCUGGACACGAUCGGCAUCUCAACAGAAGAACAGAACGCCAUCUUUGAGAUCGUAGCAGCCAUUUUGAACCUCGGAGAGGUCGAAUUUGAGCAAAACGGCAGCGAUAACGAGAAAAGUCACGUGAAAAACGAGGACAUUGUGGACAAUGUGGGUGCUCUGCUGGGUACUGAGAGCGCUGCACUGCACUCGACGCUGCUGGAGCGUUCCAUCACUGCUGGUUCCGAGUCGUACACGAUCCCAUUGAACGCCGAGCAGGCCUCGGACCUGCGCGACGCGCUGGCUAAGGGUAUGUACACCCAGCUGUUCGACUGGCUGGUGCACCGUGUCAACAAGGCCAUGUGCUCCACCAACAACGUCAAGACGCACAUCGGUUUGCUGGAUAUCUUCGGUUUUGAGAGCUUCGACCAGAACGGCUUCGAACAGCUGUGCAUUAACUACGCAAACGAGAAGCUGCAGCAGAAAUUCAACAGCGAUGUCUUCAAGGAUGUCCAGCAGGAGUACGUGGAUGAGGGAAUCCCUCUUACACUCGUGACAUUUGAGGACAAUCAGCCCAUUCUGGACCUCAUUGAGGGACGUAUGGGCAUCGUCAGUAUGCUAAAUGAGGAAGUGCUGCGUCCUCAAGCCACAGACAACACGUUCGUGAGUAAAGUAUUGGAUGCGUGCAGCAACCACCCGAGUAUCGAGAAGAACCGCAUCAAUCCGUUGGAGUUCACUAUCCACCACUACGCUGGUGAUGUGACGUACAACGGUACGGGCUUCUUGGAGAAGAACAAGGACACUCUACCGACAGACAUGGUGCAGCUGCUGUCUAGUAGCUCGAAUGGAGUCAUCUCGGGCAUCUUUACACCUACACAGAAGAGCAAGCGCAACAGUCGAGGCAAGAACGGCAAAGAGGGACGUCAGAAGGGCUUCCUGGUGGGUAACACUAUCGCUGGAGCCUUCCGUAAACAGCUUUCUGAGCUCAUGGAGACCAUCAACAAGACGUCGUCGCAGUAUGUGCGUUGCAUCAAGCCGAAUGCCAACAAGAGCGCCGUCGAGUUCAACCGUCUCAUGAUCGUGGAGCAGCUACGUUGUGCUGGUGUGAUUGCUGCUAUUCGCAUCAGUCGAGCAGCUUUCCCUAACCGUCUGCCGCUCGUGGAAUUCCAGCAGCGAUUCCAGAUCAUCUGUCCGUCGGCAUUGCGUGAUGCUGAGCCCUCUGAGAUGGUUGCUGGUCUACUGAAGGAAUUGAUCCCGGACAUGGCUACAACGAUGCAGAACUCCAAAUUUGCGGUGGGUAAGACCAAGGUUUACUUCAGUUCAGGUCUGUUACAGCGACUGGAGGACCGUCGCAACGUGAUCCUGAAGGACCACGCCAUUCUCAUCCAGAAGACCAUGCACGGAUAUGUACACCGCAAGCGCUUCUUGCGUCAACGUUCUGCUGUGGUGAAGAUGCAGGCUGUUACUCGCGGUGGACUGCAGGCCAAGCGCUACCGGACACUACGUGCUGGAGUUAUUAAGCUGCAAGCUCGGGAACGUGGACGUAAGCAGCGCUAUCUGUACGCUCUGCUGCUUGCGCGUGUCAGGAAGGAACGUCAACUUGAACAGGAACGUCUCCGUAAGAUCGCGCAGGAAGAAGAAGCGGAGCGUAUUCGCCAGAAGUCGAUGCAGGAGGAACGCGAACACAGCGACCCUCAACCGCCUGUGGAAGAUGACUGGAGUGACGAGAGUGACAAGGACGAAGAACUUGAGGACGGACCAUCCGGCCCCGUGUCCCCACGUACCCUCCGUGCUCUUACUGAAGCGGCCUCUAAGGUUGCAGAGGCAGAGUCGGCCGCUCGUGACGCUAAGCAGGCUGCUGAGGCUGCGUUGGAGCUCAACCGUGAGCUGGUGGGCCAGAACGACCGUCUACGCUCGACGCUGUCGUCUAACGUGGCGGAAUACGCCGACGCUGAGCUCCUACGUGAGAACGAGCGCCUUAAACAGCAGGUGCUGCAGCUCCAGACGAAGCUCGUGCGCUCUCAAGAAGUCUCGCUUAUCUCCGCCAAGGUGGUGGACAGCCGCAUCACGUACCGUGAAGGACGCCAGUUUGUCGAGUACAAGCUGCAGAUCGAGACCAACACACGUGGCACGCUGUACGUGUGGCACCGUUACAGCACGUUCCGUAACCUGGCAGCGACGCUGCAGACCAAGAACGGAUACAAGCGCAAGGAGAUCCCGGAGCUGCCGAACAAGCAGCUCUUUGGCAACUUCUCCGAGAAGAUCAUCCAGGACCGUGUGGCCAAGCUCAACCAGUUCUUGGAGGCUGCUACCAAUGCUGAGUACCUCCAGUGGGGCAUUCGUGUGGACCAGGACACGUGCGUGUACAAGCGUCGCGUCAAGAACGCGUCCCGGGAGAGUAUCUCCACGGCCAGCACGCACUCGUCAUCGCCGCGCUCGUCCUCACGACUGUCGAUGAAGUCGUUCAGCUUCCGUCGCGGCAGUACGGCUGGAAAUUAGACUGACAGAGUGGAAAGUGGACCAGCAAACAAGGCACAUUAGAUGGAAGUUCUGCGUAAUGCAUUUAUAUUCCUCACAGCG